UGAAAAAUAUUUGCCUCGAGAAUCUGAGGCUACUUUACAAAAGCUUCUUACACCAGGUGACCCUAGAAUGUGCCUCAAGUCGGAGAAGGUGCCUUUAUUGUGUUGAAAACUGCAAUUCCCAGAAUGCACCGAUACAAGGCCUCGGGAGUGGAGCCUUGCCCCGCCGCAAGGGAUUGUGGAAGACGUGGUUUCCGUGAGUACAGAGCGCCUUGCCUCAAGGGCGGGAGAAUCUUGGAGACCGCCUCCCGAGUGGGCGGGGCAAGCGCUAGCGCGCAACCAAUCACUGAACCAGCUCCUGGACGCGCUAGGCAGCGGCGAAUCGGAACGCAGCGGCUUCCGCCUCGACUGGCGCGCGAGAAUUUGAAUACAGUGGGGGGACGCCGGGCUCUGCUGAGGAGAGGUCGCGGGGUCUGAGACUCAGGAUUUCAAUUAAGAUGUCAGCCUUAACUCCAAGGAAAAGGAAGCAGCAGUCUUUGAACUCCGACAACCUAUUGUCAGACAUUCCAUCAGAGAAAUUAAUUUUGGACUUAACUGAAAAUAUAUUUCCAUCCCCUAAUAAAAAACAUAUUUGCCAAAGCAGUGAUAAAAAUGAGAAAAAAAUUCAUUGCUCUCAACAAGGCCAUUUCAUUUCAAGUCCACUCAAAAUGACUAAAAAUAGAUUGCCACCUGCAAAUCAAGGUUCACCAUUUAAGUCUGCCGUAUCUACUGUAUCCUUUUACAACAAAGAUAAGUGGUACCUCAACCCUUUGGAGAGAAAACUGAUAAAAGAGAAUAGAUCCAUUUGGUUAAAAACCAAUAAUGAAGAUAAGUCAUAUCCCAGUGUGACACCAAAAAUGCAGCGAAAACCGGUCUGCUCCAAGAAGAUGAACAAAAAACCACAGAAGAGUUUAACUGCUAAGCAUCAACCAAGUUAUAAGUGUAUCAAGCCUGUGUCAAAGAAUUCUAAAAGUUCUAAGCAAGAUCGAGUGGUUUACAGGCCAAUUGUGGAGAAAGAGAAUAAUUGUUACUCAGCUGAGAAUAAUCUGACUGCUCCUCGGGUUCUAAGCCAAAAGGUCAAACCACAAGUUACCCUCCAGGGUGGAGCAGCUUUUUUUGUUAGUAGGAAAAAACCUUCUCUGAGGAAAUUAUCCCUGGAAGAUAAGCCAUCACUGGGACUCACCCAAAAGAAUAAAUCAGAAUUUAUUGAGUCUGAUGAAGAGACUGUCGGUGAGAGAAGUUCUAAGACAAGGCAAGUGUCAAAGAGCUUGUUAGUAAAAAAAGAGCUGAACAUUGAGCUGCUGUGUGAAAGAAAGAAAAAUGAAGAGAAACUAAUAAAGGAUUCAUCAGGUAGAGUCAUUUCUUCAAGGGGAUGUAAAACUGAUGAAAAUAAGAGUUUUCCUUCAGAGGAUUCUUUCAGUGAGAACAAGGCAGUUUCUCCUGAGUCCAUUGUCUAUCCCAUCUUCAGUGUGUCUUCAGUGAAUACAAAAAGAUCUCUAGUUGAAGAACAGUCUUCUGUGGGAUCCAUCAUAUCUACUAACUUCUUAAAACAAGUCAAUAUACAGAAAAGUACUAAUACCAGAGAUUUAAAUAAAGACACAAAAGACCAGCUCAUCAUUGACGCAGGUCAGAAACAUUUUGGAGCCACCAUGUGUAAGUCUUGUGGCAUGAUCUAUACUGCUUCCAGCCCUGAGGAUGAACUGCAGCACAUGCAGCAUCACCACAGAUUUCUGGAGGGAAUCAAAUAUGCAGGAUGGAAAAAAGAACGUGUCGUAGCGGAGUUUUGGGAUGGGAAAAUUGUGUUGGUCCUGCCACAUGAUCCAAGUUAUGCUAUCAGAAAGGUAGAAGAUGUUCAAGAACUUGUCGAUAAUGAAUUGGGCUUCCAGCAAGUUGUUCCCAGAUAUCCAAACAAAACUAAAACUUUUCUCUUUAUAUCUGAUGAAAAGAAAGUAGUUGGGUGUUUAAUUGCAGAGCCCAUCAAACAGGCCUUCCGUGUCCUGUCCGAACCAACUGGGCCAGAAUCCCUGAGCUCUAAAGAAUGUCAUAGGGCUUGGCAAUGUUCAAAUGUACCAGAACCUGCAGUCUGUGGGAUAAGUAGGAUCUGGGUCUUCAGAUUGAAAAGAAGAAAACGCAUUGCAAGACGACUGGUAGAUACUCUCAGGAAUUGCUUCAUGUUCGGCUCUUUCCUCAGCACUAAUGAAAUAGCAUUUUCUGACCCAACACCAGAUGGCAAGUUAUUUGCAACCAAGUACUGCAACACCCCGAAUUUCCUUGUGUACAAUUUUAAUAGUUAAAGCUAAUUUCAACUAUAGAACAGUUACUGUGUGGGUGAUUCCGAUAGCCCAUUAUCAUAAAAUACAAACUAACAAAUUCAAAAUAAAAAUACUAAGACACACACAUAUACAGAAGCCUACCUUAGUUUUAAUACUUAAACAGAGGUAAAUUUGUUAAAAAUUAUCUGGGGAUUCAAAGAAAAGGAAAAAAAAUCACUGAAUGACAUACUGACUAGCCCUCUGAAUCCUUUAUUAUGAAACUUUGUAAUUGUAACUGGAAAAUUACCUGCUUCCUACAUAAGAACAUUGACAAAGCAUGGUGGUUUUCCACAGAAAUUUUCUACUUAUCUUUAUAGAGCACACUUUUGGGCCAGAAUUAUCUCAUGCCUGAUCAGAAGCAAACAGGAAAAUUUAAAGACAGGUAAAUAAUUUCCCGAAUUCGUACACAGAAUUCUCACUUUAUAGAUAUUUGGCUGUAGCAACUCAGUUUGAGUAUAUUUAAAGUAUUCUGAAUUUCUAACUUGUACCAGGUAAAGAUAAUAACAAGAUUUUCAUAACUGUUUAUAUAAAAUAGAAUUCUAUAGCUUAACAUCUUUAUCUUUUUAAAAACCAUUAAUCAGAAGUACCCUGUCAUCAGAUUUAAUUAAAAUUAAACUUUGUAAUUGCACUAUUGUCAUUUCAUUAAUUUGGGGUGUUUGAAAAUGCUAAUUGUGUUACUUUUCUUUAGUGAACUUAUUACUGGUGGUUGGUAUCUAACAAAAUGGAUACGCUGUUGAAUUAAAUUAUUCAUAUGGUUACAUUUUUAAGUGUAUAGUAACAGAACCAAGGUUAGUAAAAAAUAUAUAUAUCUAGGCUGAUGAGUCAUUGGACAUGAUGACAUUUGUAAACAUACCUAAAUUUGCACACGUUUUUCUAGUAUAAUUCUUGGAUACUUUGUAAGCAAAGAAUUGUUUAGAUUUUUUUAUUUUCUAAAAAUUACUUAUUUUCUCUGCAAUAAAGCUGUGGGAAAGUAGUUAUCCAGGUUGUAACUCUACAUAAGAAUUUGUUCCUUUGCAUUCUUUUAUUUGCCUAGAAGUGAAUGGUUCCAAAAUUUAAAAGCCUGGGUUCCAAAAACUGUGGAACUGUUAAAAUGUGUAUAAUGCUAUUUUC